AUGGAGAAGUCCAAUCCAUUUUGCCCUUGUUGUGGCCGUGAGGAGGAGACACAUCGUUAUAACUGCCCUUCGAGUCAGAAAUCCUCUGAAGAUAGGCCGAAAAAGGCUGGCACUGAUUUGGUCGCUGAAAUUGGUCUCCAGAAGCCACUUUUCUACAUUGACAAGAACUACGUUCUCACUACUCGCCUGCUCUCAAAACUGUUGUUUGAUGGAGUUUGGAGCGAGUCAGCUUCAGGUAGUAUCACCUGGUCUGAAUACUCCCCAAUGAUGUUUGAUCUUUUUCAGACCUGGAUGUACGACCACCAAAUUUGUGGAAGCUAUGAAGGAUAA